AUGGAAACUAACAAUUACGCCUUUUUUAUCAAAAAAGGUCGUAUCGGUAUACUUCAUUUUCAAGUUAGUUCUGCGAAUGAAGAAAUCAGUAGAGUUCUUCCCGUGAGCCUUAACUCUCGUCAGUCGCUUUCUCUUUCAGAUCGCAUUCACCGCUCGAUGAAUAGUGCCGCGCUAGCACAAGAGCCAGCCUGUGUGAAGUAUGUGGAGGAAGAAAAACGUGGUGCUGGUUGUAUUUGA